AUGAAUUCCACAAUACCAUAUCCUCAAGACUCCAUACCCCCGUUUCCCCUCCACGCUGGCCGCAGAAACUCAGCAUACGGCUCGGUUGACAGCCGGACAAGGUCGACAGACUACUAUGCCAGGGCGACAAACGAAUCGGCUCGCAUCUUCUCCAUCCCUUCUCCAAGCUCAUCCUGCACAUUGUCGUCAAGAUACAGCUCACGGGAAUCUCUAAGAACGCCUCCAUCCGAGGGCACCAUGAGCAGCCAUUCGGUGGACUAUUCGACGGCACUUCUUCCGACUAGUGGGAACGUCCAGAACUCCAGGAGUCAAUAUCGACAAUACGACCAUUCUCAAUCAUCGAUACCAAGCAUGUCGGAAUGUUUCAGGUCGUCUUCACAGUCGCAGGAGAUAGUCAAGAGGAAAGCUUCUCCACCGUCAAGACGAGGAUCGUUUGCUCAGCAAGUUGAAGGUUCGUCGCGGGGUAGAAGAUCUUCGACAGCCGUCCCACCAUUGACGGUCCCAGCUUCGAUCAAUUCAAGCAAGGGCAGCUUGGCCGAAUUCGCAGCUCAGAUUACUUGUCUGUUCUGGUUUGAAUCGUCCCACGAUCUCGCAAAGGUUGCUUCAUCGGUAACCAAGGUCCUUCCAACCACACCUCUGAUUGAGGAUGCAGUUCCGUCGAUGUCCUUUAAAAAAUGGGUCGCUACCAUCCUCUCGACUACGCAAGUUUCCCAGAAUGUCAUCCUUUUGGCCCUGUUGUUCAUUUAUCGCCUCAAGAAGUUGAAUCCCUCUGUGAAGGGAAAGGUUGGAAGCGAGUAUCGCUUGCUCACAGUCGCCCUGAUGCUUGGCAACAAGUUCCUGGACGACAAUACAUACACCAACAAGACCUGGGCAGAGGUUUCUGGCAUCACUGUUGGGGAAAUCCACGUUAUGGAGGUGGAGUUCCUCAGCAACAUGAGAUAUAGCUUAUUCACUUCUGCAGAGGAAUGGCAAGACUGGCAUGUCAAGCUUGGCAAGUUUGGAGAAUACUGGGAUCGUGCUCGAUGUAUCCCAAAGCUGAGCCCGUCUCAUCAAUUCUCCUCUAUUACGCCUACCAGCACCGUCCCGCCAUCGCUCCCAUCGCCACCUCAUUCGAAUCACGCUUCGCCACCAUACGGAAGCUCGCACUCGCCUAGCUCCGCUUAUCCGCCAGCAUUGCCGACCCUUCCAGUUGCUAAUGUUUCACCCAAAAACACCUCGCUCUUGCAGCGAUACCGCGAAGAUUUUGAUAGACUUGAAUCGUCGAGCAGGAAGCGUACAUUAGAGGAUACCGGCAUGCAUCCACCUGCUAAGCGCCUUUCGAGAUCUGGUCCAUCAUCUUCCACCAUGUUGGCACAGUAUCCACCUACUUUGACGAUCCCAACCCCAUCGCCAAAUCCAUACGCUUCACAACCACCAAUCAACCCAAACGCACCAAUGCCCACUCCACCUGCAGCUCUUCAACCUCAAGUGCAGCCAUACUACCCUACCACCAGGGCGAUGUCGACCGUAUACCCAUCUCCCUCUUCCGUAUGGACUCCCCCUCAAACAGCCACUAGCUCUUGGAAUCAUCCAACGGCUCAGCUCCCCAUAGCUAGCACCAGUGCCACCCAAGCACCAGUAAACGGCAUCAGCCUCGCUCCAUACCCUACCAGCCGACAUACUUCGCCAUAUCCUCUCAGCUCAAGCAACAACUCCCCAACUGCCUAUAGCAACAACUCUCCAUCCAUCUUCCUUACAAGCCGAGAAUCUCCAUACCGGCCUGUUAGAACCGUGUCGGCCCUUUUGGUACCUCAGCAGAGCACCGAAGCCCAGCAUCUUGGCCAAGACCAGAUGCAAUAUCAACCUCUUACUAAGGCUAGGAACGAGUACAGACAAGGACCCGUUCCAUACAUGCAGACUGAAUAUUGGCCACAAUCCACCAACUGGAGUCUCCCACCAAGCUUUGAGCCAUAA